AUGCCCCACCACCAUAACAGACACGAAGACCUUGCUAACGCACACGAUCAGGUCGUUAAUGCGCCCCAUCAGGCAAAGCUCUCUCAUGAGCUGAUCGCUGCUGCGGCUUCUUACGAGGCCAUGAAAGCUUACAAUAACCACUGCGAGAAGAACGGUCAGCCUGUAAGCCACGAGAAGGCCAAGGAGCUCUUAGCCGGAUUUGCCGGAGCCUUCAUCGACCACAUGGCCGAGACGAAGGGUUUGGACAUGUUAGACAGGCAAAAGGCCAAGCAUCAUGGUAAGUAUCGCAGAUCUUGCUCGUGA